AUUGCAAAGAAAGAGAGGGCACAAAUCGGACUCAAAAUUUUCUGUCAAUACACAAAUCAGACCAGAGUUUUCAGUACCUCAAAUCGGACGGUCCGAUUUCUUUUGAAUAGUCAUCAUAUAUCAGUAAAUCACCAUACACCUCCAUAAGUCAGGCACAAGAGAAUAAUGGGUCACCAAUUUCAUCAACAAAUCCAACGCCAUCAAGCAACAGAUGGUGUUCUUAACCUCUUCAGAAAAGCCAAUCACGAUCUCAACUUCGUUCACCACUCCCUCGAAAAGGAGUUCCAAACCCUUUACCCUGACAACGCAAACCCUAUGAAGCUUGUUUCGAGAAUCAAGAAGAUACAGGAAGAUAUAUCAACAUUGAAAGGGCAGUGUCAAGAUCUUUUGGCUGCUAAGCAGGAUUUAAUUGAUAAGGCUCAGAGAACUCUGGUUGAGAACAGAAAUUUAGUGCAGCGCAUGCAAGCAUCUGUGGGCAUCCCCCUCACCGGCGAAGAUGAUGAGGCUUUUACUAACUUCCAACAGAUAAUUGAGGAAUGGACAAUGCAAGUGAGAUCCAAAAUAGGGGAUGAAACACAUGAUGCUGAUUCUGGAGAUCUAAACAAACUGCUCUUCUCAGCAAUAGUUCAAAGUAAUUGAACAGCUUUCAUGAAGGUUGUAGAUGUCGCAAUUUAUGUCAAACUCCAACCUUGUGUUGUAGUAUCAAUAGAACUCUGGUCCAGAGUUGUUACUCCUUACUUUGUGAAGGAUUGGAAUUAUAGACAUGAAAACAAUUAUGUUUGCAACAUGUACAAUUUUCGUUAAA